AGCACAGCGCGAGAGAAAGAAAGAGGAGAGAGAGAGAGAGAGAGGAGAACGACUCCAGUUUGAGUUUAAAUCUAAAUCAGAUUGAGUUUUUGUGAGUUCGUGUUAUUAUGUGUUUGUGUCAGAUCUGUCGCGUGUACAGCGGAUGAGAAGUCAGCGGAAGAUUCGGGUUUCUGGUUGUGUUGUCAGGCUGAUGAAGGAUCCAGGAUGCUGCAGGUGUGCUGUGGUUCGGUGUGGGUCCGGUCCGCUCCCGGUUGGGUCGUCCUAAUGCUGAUGUGCUGCUGGUGUCCAGGAGGAGCAGACAGCACAAAUGUGGUCAUUCAUAAAGACGCUCAGUUUGAUGUGACGUACAGCGACACCGUCACCAGUGACAACCAGACCAUCUACUCGUACAACCACACCGUGUCCAGAAACAAGACGGAGGGCGUGCGAGUUUCGGUGGAGUUGGUGUCUGAGAGCACUCAAAGUCCGGUCCUGUUCGUGGUCCGUCAGAAACAGGCGGUUCUGUCGUUUCAGGUUCCUCUCAUUCUCAGAGGCUUGUAUCAGAGGAAAUAUCAAUACACUCAGGUGGGCCGUACGCUGUGUCAGCCGCCUACUAAAGCCGUAUCAGAGAUGCAGUUCUUCUAUGUGGACGUGUCGACUCUCUCCAGUACAUCAGUUCACUAUCAGCUGCGAGUCAGUCGUGUAGACAGCUUCAUUCUGCAGACAGACAAGAAAUUCAGCUUUAAUGCGACUCCAUCUCAACCUCAGUUUUUCAAGUAUGUGUUUCCUGAGGGUAUGGACACAGUGAUUGUGAAGGUGAAUUCACAGAAGAACUUCCCAUGUUCAGUUAUGUCUAUACAGGACAUCCAGUGUCCAGUUUAUGAUUUAGAUAAUAAUGUGGCAUUUAUUGGGAUGUAUCAGACGAUGACCACCACAGGUGCCAUCACAGUGCAGAGGAAAGAUUUUCCCAGUAACAGUUUUUAUGUGGUUGUGGUGGUGAAGACUGAAGAUGAGGCGUGUGGAGGACCGCUGAGAUUUUAUCCACUCUCACCCGAUGAGCUGUUUGAUGCUGGAAAUCGAAGUAAAACUCUGGAUGUGAUCGUUUCUCCUGCCAUUAAUUCUGAGGUGUAUGUUAUGGGAAUGCUCUUCUGUCUGGGAAUCUUCCUCUCCUUAUAUCUGAUCACAUUUCUAGUGGCUUGUGUGGAGAAUAAGAGGAUGAACAGGAAGAGGGAGGGGCUUCUGCAGCCAGGUGACGCCUCUCCUGCAGAGACAGCAUCUCUCUUGGGAAAGGCUCCUGUGUCACCCUAUGAAUACGGCUCAUUUGCUGAUAAUGGCAGCACAAUGAGCUCUGAGGCCGUCACAAACAGUUUACCUUCAACUGAUGGAAACUACGGAUAUACAGAUCGUUUGUUAGAGAGCGUCGCUCGCAGUCGUCAGGAGUCUUUGAGUUCGGUCGAAGAGGACGAUUAUGACACGCUGGCCGACAUCGACUCGGACAAAAACAUCGUCCGUACGAAAAAGUUCCUGUGUGUGUCAGAUCUCGCUCGCAAAGACAAACGCAUCCUCAGCAAGAAAUAUCAGAUCUACUUCUGGAACAUUGCAACAAUCGCAGUGUUUUAUGCUCUUCCGGUCAUUCAGCUGGUCAUCACCUAUCAGACGGUUGUUAACGUCACGGGAAACCAAGACAUCUGUUAUUACAAUUUCCUGUGUGCACAUCCUCUUGGCGCGCUCAGUUCCUUCAAUAAUAUCCUGAGUAACCUGGGUUACGUGUUACUGGGUUUGCUCUUCUUACUCAUCGUUCUUCAGAGAGACAUCCUUCAUAGUCGAGCCCUCGAUCGCAAAGACACCACAGCACUGGAGUGUGGUAUUCCUAAACACUUUGGUUUGUAUUAUGCGAUGGGAACGGCACUGAUGAUGGAGGGGUUGCUCAGCGCCUGCUACCACGUCUGCCCAAAUUACACUAACUUUCAGUUCGACACAUCGUUCAUGUAUAUGAUAGCUGGAUUGUGUAUGUUAAAGCUCUAUCAGAAGAGACACCCGGACAUCAACGCUAGCGCGUACUCAGCGUACGCCUGUCUGGCUGCCGUCAUCUUCUUCUCUGUGCUGGGAGUGGUGUUUGGUAAAGGUAACUCGGUGUUCUGGAUUAUUUUCUCUGUCAUACACAUACUGGCUACACUGCUGCUGAGCACACAACUGUACUACAUGGGCCGCUGGAGACUGGACUCUGGGACCAUGCGCAGGAUCUUUCAUGUGAUUUACACAGAUUGUAUUCGACAGUGCAGUGGACCCAUGUACAUUGACCGAAUGGUUCUGCUGGUGAUGGGAAAUAUUGUAAACUGGUCCCUGGCGGCAUACGGUCUCAUCAAACGACCCAAUGACUUUGCCUCGUAUCUUCUGGCCAUUGCCAUCUGUAACCUGUUGCUGUAUUGUGCCUUUUACAUCAUCAUGAAGUUGCGCAGUGGUGAGAGAAUCCAGUGUCUGGCUCUGGUGUGUAUUCUCUUCACGGCUGUGGUUUGGGGUUUUGCUCUCUUCUUCUUCUUUCAAGGUCUCAGUACGUGGCAGAAAACUCCGGCUGAGUCUCGUGAACACAAUCGUGAGUGUAUCCUGCUCUCGUUCUUUGAUGAUCAUGAUAUUUGGCACUUCCUGUCAUCAAUCGCCAUGUUUGGAUCCUUCCUGGUUCUGCUUACUAUGGAUGAUGACCUGGAUACGGUUCAAAGAGACAAAAUCUUUGUGUUCUGAUGGACAGACGUUCUGGUUAAAUUACAAAUGAGACGCCUCGCUGCCUGAGCGUCUUUUUACUGCCAGUCUGAGACGGUAGGGGAGGAGUCUCCUACAGGAGCUAAUGCUGAUAGGACAGUGAAUGUGCCAAUCAAACUGCCAGUGCUCCUCCUCUCAUCGCUAUGGUAACGGUUAAUGUAACCAUGUGGAUGUCCAGUCCCGCCCUGCAAAUGUCACUGGAUUUUUGUAAUGGUAGUUUAUUCUUCUAUGGCUUCUGUGUCGUGGUUUUGGACGUCGUGCUUCUGACUGUAAAUCCGAGCCGAGCUGCUUUCAUCUAACGAUGAUUCUGAUGAGAAUAUUUGCACUGUCUUACAAAUCAUGUUUUUACAAUGUACAGAUGGAAUGAUUAAUAAAUAAAUAAACUUUU